AUGCGCAGGCCAUUUCCUGCCUGCAGCCAAGAGCCAUCCCACGGCUCCGGACCAGUUCCAGAAUCACUGCGCCCUGUCGCAAUCCAGUCCUCGGUCUCCGGUAUGCAUCGUACGUUGCGUGCUCGUCGUCAUGAAUCGUUCCGGUCGGUGUUGUUGUGGUUUCGGGUUCGAGCGACAGCGUGCAGCGGGGCCGCACGAAACGUGCAUCCCGCGUGUUCCUGGAUUUGCCCUUGCAUACUAGACGCCGCCAAGCGCUUAGUUGUUUCUGUCAAACGAGGUGCAGAGAGCGCCGCACUCUGUGGCGCCUGUCAGACGUCUAGAUCCGAUCGUGCUGGGUUGGUAGAUGUGGUGUUGAUGAACGGUAGGGUUAUUGCUCAUGCCUUCGAUGACGGGCUUGAAAGACGUGAAACGGCCAAUAUUGCCCCCAAUGGUAGUGAGCGGAGAUGCAUCUCGAUCGAGGCAGGCGUGUUUGACGACAUCGUCGUCGAUAUUAAUCAAGUCAGGAUUCCGGCGGCGGCGCUUCUUGGAUGGCGGGCGGUGCAACUGCAUCUCAGGCGCGGCGCCGUCGACUUUAACAUCUUUUUACCUUUGUCUUUAUCCGUUCUGCCUUUUAGGCUGCCGAUGUAUAUGGGGUGGGCCUGA